GAUAUGCCGGCAAAAGAGAUAUCCCUCAUUCCAUUUCAUCUUUUAUUGCCCUCGCACCCCGAGCAUAUCCAGUGUGCCGCAUACACAGGAGAUGGACCACGCUGCAGCACAAUGGCGCAGAACUCGAGGGUGCAGAACUCGAAGGUGCGGAGCUUGAAGCUGCACAAUAUCCAUCGGAUCAACGAACUACACGCAGAGCUUCAGAAAAGCUACGCAACGAAGAUUGAUGAUGAAGCGAGAGAAAAUUUGUUAAAGGAGUUGGCCGACCUUACUAUCUGCGGUCGUCAAAAAAGCAAAAUCAAAGGAGUCAUAGAAACAGCCGUGCACCAGUGGAAUGCCGAGCUUCAGUCGCAAGACAGCGCGACUGUUAGUCUAGAAACACCGCCUAGAAAUAUCAAUACACAGUCGAAGGAUGACAAGGGAAGCUCCAAGCUGGAAUUUACACUAUAUCAAACUGCCGAGGUCGACAAACUGGUCAGGGGUGAGCUCAUCCAAGAACUUGAUCGGAUAAUAGACCGCAGGAUAAGUCAAAAGUUUAUUGCCCACAAUUUGAAGGAUCAGAGAGAUUAUUUAUAUAUCUUUCAGUGUGAGGAGGCGGAAGGCAUGUGCAAGCUCGGGCGCACUGGCAAUCUCUCGCGAAGGGCCAGUGAGCAUGAGAAGUGCUAUCCUAAUCUUACGCAACGACGGUCCCUCUAUUGUCCAAACUCGGAGCUAUUCGAAAAGGUGGUGCAGUUGGAGUUAACUCAAUAUCGAUACAAGCAUGAAUGUCCUAAGUGCAACGCGACUCACACAGAAUGGUUCAAAGCCGAUAUCGAUGAUAUCUGCCAACGAGUUGAAGUUUGGUGCCUGUUUUCAAAGGGCUUCCAGAGCAUCGCUAAGCGAUCCCAAGUGAGUAUUCCAUAUCCUGGGUUCUCUUCAGAUCCAGACAGAUGGUACAAAUGGGCUCAGAAAUAUGUCCAAUCAUGGGAUAAGGAAAUGUUACAUCCUGAGCCAAAUACUUCGGGCAAGUCUGUUGUCGAUAAUGAUACCGUAACUGGAGACGACGAUGCGGAAUCGAUGCCUGGACUUUCUCCUUCAAGCUCCGCGUCUGGAGCGCCUGAUGAUGACUACAGCAAUCCUCCAACCCCAACUCCAAUUGAACGCUCACGAAACGUAAAGUCAACCUGGGGACAGCGUUUGAUCAUACCGCCUGCAUCGCCGUCCGUGUCGCCCGAGAUCUACUGGUCCGCGGUCGAGAGUAUGCCAAUACCCAAAGACCGUGUCCUCUUUCCUAGGGUCCCUGGUGAAUUCCCUGAGUCUCCAGUGAAGGUCGCGCCGAAGGAAAUCACGGAGGAUGAGAAUGAAUUAGUGGAUAGUCUUGGGAACGUUAAGCUUUUUUGAUUGCUUGUAUUCAUUCGCGUGACACCGUCUCAUUAUCUUGAUGCUAUUUGAUAUCGUUUCGAGCUUUGCUGACUGCUUGGAUUUAUGUAUUGCUGGUUUUUGUUGUAUUUUAAAGCCUUGUCUGGUGUAUGAAUGAAAUCCUUUCCGGCUCAGGCGCCGUCUAUCUAACAGGGCACGUCUAAUUCGAUUGGAAUAGUGGGGGGGGGUUGUUUAUACUCGGUUUAGGAGCGACAUCG